UGUACUACUAACACAGCAGCGGGACAACAGUUAACAGCAUAGAAAGUGCAGUCGGUGUGUGCGUGGCUGAGACGAUGACGUCACGCUGCCAACGUGGAACGUACGUACGUCCCGGACCCGGAAGUAAACAGUUUGUGUUGGAGCCGGAAUUUUCCGAAGCUUUUACUUCAUUUCAAAGCUCGGCUUCGGUUUUUUUCCUCGAGCUUUCUUCAUUUCCACGACAGACGCUGCAAGUUGUGUGUGUUUAAGCACACACACACACAGGGUAGAUGAUGGUUGAUGCCAUGCUGGCUCAAGUAGGCAAGAAUCUGUGUGAAGCUGUGAAGAUUCUAGAAGAGGAGCAGAGAGAGUCUGAUUUGCUGACAGAAAGGCAGCGCCUCUGUAAAAGCAGCAUCCCUGGACCCCUGCAGGGAGAUGGACACGAUGUUGCUGCGAUACUCCACAUAUUUGUCAGCCUUCUUCAUGAGGAGGAACAGGGCAUGUCGGGUCAGUGGACACAGAAUGUGGCUGAACAGGGUCACAUGGCGUUGCUGGGUCACAGCCUGUCAGCGUGCGUCUCCGUGUUAGACCGUGAGCGACUGCGAAAGCUGACCACUCGCAUCAUGUCUGACACCACGGUGUGGCUCUGCAGACUCUUCAGGUAUGACAAUGGUUCAGCCUACUUCCAUGAGGAUGACCGAGAUGGUCUGGUGAAAGUAUGUCGGCUGGUGAUCCAUACCCGGUACGAGGAGUACGCCUCUGAGGGCUACGCGGUUUUUGGCUAUAAACAGCCAAUCAUCUACCAGAGUGCCUCCUGCAGGCCUGGUCUGGGACAGCAUCUCUGCAGUGAGCUUGGCCUUCCUCUCUCCAGUUUGUGCACAGUACCCUGCAACACCAUCUUUGGAUCCCAACACCAAAUGGAUGUUGCCUUGUUGGAGAAACUCAUCAUUGAGGACAUAGUAGCUGGGAAGCUUCCAUUGCUGUUGAUAGCCAACGCAGGUACCCAUUGGGCAGGCCACACAGACAAGCUGGGUCGUCUAAAGGACUUAUGUGAUCAGUACAGUAUAUGGCUCCAUGUUGAAGGGGUCAACUUGGCGAUGCUGACACUGGGUCAGAUUCCUUCUACUCUCACGGCUGCCACGAGAAGUGACAGUAUGACCUUGACUCCAGGUUUGUGGCUUGGAUUGCCUGCUGUAACUGCCGUCACUCUCUAUAGACAUGAGGACCCAGCACUGUCACUGGCAGCAGGUUUGACGUCCAGCCAGCCGGUGGAAAAGCUGCGAGCUCUGCCUCUCUGGCUCUCACUGCAGUACCUGGGCCACAGCAGGAUCGUGGAGACGAUCACACUGGCUAAAAUUCUGAGUCAGCAUCUCCUUGAGAAGCUAAAAACACUGCCCUUCAUCAAGAUAUUGGUGGAGGAUGAGCUCAGCUGUCCUGUGGUGCUGUUCAGGUUUUCUGCAGAAAUUAGCUCUGCAUCCAAUGAAGCUUCAGUACUUGGUCACUGCUCUGUGGAAAAAGAAGUACUUGAUACCUUCAACAGAUGGCUCGGGGAACAUUUGGCUCACCUGGUUCCCACCAGCGGAGUAGAUGUCAUAGAACUUGAGGAUGAUGGGACCUUCAUUCGUUUCAGCCCUCUCCUGACUGCUGCAGUCCUGGGGACUACUCAAGAGGAUGUUGAGAACCUGGUGCAGAGGUUGUCAGCGUUAGAGCCUAUGUUGAGUUCCACCAUGAUGCUCAGGCAGAACUUCAGAGAGGAGGUCUACCGACACUCUCCUUCUCUCAGAUACAUAGAGGACCUCUGCUGGCCUGGCCUGGGUGCCUUUCGGUACAAGCCACUGGCUGCUCAAAUGGAUGAGGCCAGGGGAGAGCAGGACCAGGAGAACAUUUUCUCUGAGCUGCUGACGCAACUUCAAGACCUUGACACUGAUAUCAGCUUCUCCACAGGCCCUGAGUUUGGAACAGAGAAGCACUGCAUAUAUGUGGGAAUGGUAACAGGUGGCACCGAUGUUUGUGAGCUGGUGGAAACAAUAGUGACUACGGGGAGGGCCGUAGAGGAGAGUGGAAGGGUUUUGGAGAACAUGACAGAGGCUGUGAGGAAGGGCAUCAUGGAGGCGGAGCUACAGCUGCAACUGGCCAAUGAAGAGAAACUCAAGGAAGAGGGAAUGCUGAGACAACUUCCUCUGGUUGGCUCUGUACUGAACUGGUUCUCUCCCAUUCAUGGCUCCAUAAAUGGCAGGACCUUUAAUCUGGUGGCAGGUUGCCUGGAUUCGACAGAAGUGACUUACUCCACCAAGAGCCAGACAAGCAAACCUUCCCUACCAGAUACACCCACCUCCUCAUCAAAGAGACGGCCAGGUCAGAAGUUAUUUCAGCGUUCAGAUGUGGAGUCUCUUUCCUCCAGUGAAAUUAGUUCCACUGGAGAAGCUACAGAGAUGCCCACAGAGCAGAGUGGACCACCAGCCGACUCCAGCCUUCCUCUUGUGGUGAGCCAUGAAGAUGUGCUCCGAGCUGAAAGUGACCUUUGAGGAUAGCAGAUGCAGAUUUUCUUCCGGCCCCCCUUUAAGCAGCGGUCAUACGUUUAUGAUUUGGGCCAGGAGUUGGGCCAGUCUACUCUACGUGACUUGAGGUUGCCCCCAGUGUGUACAGUGGAUGCAGACCUCCAUGCGAGACUGACAAAAGAUGUCACAGUAAAUAACGAUGUAGCCAAGAGUGUUAUCUCAAAUUGACAUGAGAUGGCAUGAGUUCUCCAAGACUUCCUCCGGAAUAUCCAGGAGCUUGGAUAUACCACAGAUAUGUUGACCAGGGUUUGGUUUCAGGUUUGUGAUUCUGCAUACUGUAUCUUCCCAGUCCACCCAGCUGCACAUGGGUACACGCUUUGGCUGGAAAAGUAACCUGUGAUGGAAUGUCACGUCAUCCAGGGGUAGUCAUACUCUCAUUCACUUCACACUGUGGAAUCUUGGAAUAAGCACUGGCACCAGUGGAUCCAGAGGCCUUUGGCAUCCUGAGGAUUAGUGUGAGUGCACUACUGUCAGAGGAAAGAGGAAAAAACGAAUAGUUUGCCCUCAGGUACACAUUCUCUAAUAAAUAAAUAUCAUCUUCUUAUGACAUAAUUUGUAUUUUCUCUACAAUAUUAAAAAUAUUGCCAGUCUUAUAAUAUUACUAAUAUAUGACAAUAUUUCUCUACAGUAUAAUUAGGGAAUAACCCUGUUGUGUCUGAUGGUUUCCAGACGUUCAUGCUGGUUAUACGUUUGCAAAUAGAGUUUUACGUAAAAAAUAGUUUUACAUAGUCAAAGUUAAUCUGUCGGUCUGUUGCUGCUCUUUUCACAUUCACCAAUCACUAACUAGCUGCAGUACUCAGCUGUGUGAGCGAUGGCGAGUGAUUGGAGCGCUGGAUGGAAAGCCUGUUUUCAUCCCACCAGGUGACCAUUAUUUAAUUCACUAACCUAAUUUUCAAUCAAUUUAUAUAAAUUUGAACUAUGUUUGGGAUAAUUGUGGCCAUUACAGAUAGGUCUGCCCUGACUUGACACCCCAUGACUUGAUACCCCGUGACUUGAUACCCAUGACUUAGCACCCCGUGACUUGAUACCCAUGACUUAGCACCCCGUGACUUGAUACCCCGUGACUUGAUACCCAGUGACUUGAUACGCCAUGACUUGACACCCCGUGACUUGACACCCCGUGAGUUGAUACCCAUGACUUAGCACCCUGUGUCUUGAUACUCCAUGACUUGACACCCUGUGACUUGAUACCCAUGACUUAGCACCCCGUGUCUUGAUACUCCAUGACUUGAUACCCAGUGUCUUGAUACUCCAUGACUUGACACCCCGUGACUUGAUACCCAUGACUUAGCACCCUGUGUCUUGAUACUCCAUGACUUGACACCCCGUGACUUGAUACCCAUGACUUAGCACCCUGUGUCUUGAUACUCCAUGACUUGACACCCCGUGACUUGAUACCCAUGACUU